UCUAAAUUGUGAUUAACUAGUACUCAAGGUUUUCGAAGCACCUUUGGCAUAAAGGCUGUAAAUAAAUUCUUCUUUUUUCAAGUAAAAGGAUAUGGUAUAAUGGAACAUUCAAGAUUCCAAAAAGUGCUUCCAAGCAAUACAAUGGAACCAAGAAAUGGUGAAUUCCAGCCUGGGUUGCAGCCAAUGAUGCAGGAUCGACCGGAUGACAUGCAUACAAUUAGAAGACCACCUAAUGUUGGUACGGCACAAACCAAACCUGUACUUAAUUUUUCCAUACAGACAGGUGAGGAAUUUGCUCUCGAAUUUAUGAGAGAUAGGGUGAAUCUUGGGAAGCCUAUGUUUCCAAAUGUCGGUGACACUAAUUAUACACCAGGUUAUAUGGAUCUAAAAGGCAUUUUAGGCAUUAGUCAUCCAACAUCAGAAAGUGGAUCAGACAUUUCCAUGCUUUCAAUGGUUGACAAAUAUCCAAAAGAGUUCGAAAGAGUGAACACAUCAUUGCAGGGAGACAAAAGCAAUUAUGGGUCAAUUCGAUCAAUACCAAGAACUUCAAUGACUCAGGACAGUAGACAACUUGUGCAGAAGUAUGGCUCUUCUCGAGGUUCCGAUAGCUCAUCAAUGCUAUUGAAGUUCCUUUGCAGCUUUGGUGGGAGAAUAUUACCUCGACCAAGUGAUGGAAAACUAAGGUAUGUUGGAGGUGAUACACGUAUUCUUCGUAUAAGAAAGAAUAUAUCUUGGCAGGAGCUCUUGCAGAAAGCAUUAUUAAUGUAUAGUCAGGUUCAUGCAAUCAAGUAUCAGCUUCCGGGGGAAGAUCUUGAUGCUUUGGUAUCUGUGUCAUGUGAUGAAGAUUUGCAGAAUAUGAUGGAAGAAUGUAACCAUCUAGAAGACAGAGAAGGAUCACAAAAGCCUAGGAUGUUUUUGUUCUCAUUGAGUGAUUUGGAGGACGCUCAAUUUGGUCUCAGUGGUUUGGGUGAUGAUUCUGAGAUCCAAUAUGUUGUUGCUGUUAACGGCAUGGACAUGGGAUCAAGAAGAAACUCAACCCUGAUUGGCGUGAACUUUUCAGCAAAUGAUCUGCAUGAUUUGGACAGGCAGAACACUGAAAGGGAGACUGGUAAAGUUGCUGUUGAAUCUGUAGGUGUCAACAAUUCUCUCUUGAAUAACAAAUUUGACUCAUCACCAAAUGUGGAAUCCUUGCAACCAGUGCUACCUACUUCCUCAAAUUCUUAUGAAAGAUAUCCACAGUCCUUGCAACCAAUGCACCAUGGGGAUCCUGUUGGUCAAUAUCAUGUAUCUAGAUCUGUUGUUGAAGACAUUCCUACUACUAUGCCUCCUCGUGCACUGAUUAAUCAAGAUGGGGUUUUUAGCAAAGGCCAUCCACCAGUCGGAUUACCAGUACAUAAUUCUGAAAUACCACCAGUGGUCACAAAAAAGAAGGGUGAUAGUUUGAUUGAACAAGCAAGCGACCAGGGUAAAGUUUUAUACUUGGAAACACCAUCCUCAGCUCCUACUCAACUAUUUGAUGGUUACAUGAAAAAUAAUUUUCCCGAAGCAACAGCUGUAGUUACUAUGCCAGAGGGCUAUCCAAUACCUCCGACAAAAAAGGACCAGCUACAGAACUAUGAAGAUGGUGCUUCUACAUCUAACAGUGGUUUUGGUCCCACUUAUGUCGACUCCCAGUCAAAUGCUGUUGAUUUUAGUUCUCUUAACCCUCCUCCUCUUCCUGAAAGAGUUUACUAUUCAGAAAGGAUUCCUAGGGAGCAAGUAGAUUUGCUGAAUCGGUCCACCAAGUCAGAUGAUUUACAUGGUUCUCAGUUUAACAUUUCCGAUUUACUUUCUGAUGCAAAACCCUCAGAUUCAGUUACAGGAUCUGACAACAACUUGCAUAAUGGGAAUCAGCCUCUCCGAUCUGAGGAAUUGGGUGUUGCAGCAAAGCCUUUGCCUGCUGAUGGCUAUGCUAUUGAUAAUGGGACUGCCAAACAUCAAAUAUACAAACAUUUUCCUGAUCCAAGUAGCCAGUUGAAGUCAAAACUAACUGAGCAUGUGAAUUCUGAGUUGAAGAAGGUUCCCUCUGCUAGGCAACUUGAGGAUCCUGCUUCAUGUCUUCCCGAGGUCGAUUGGGGCAAUGCCACUGUUACAGAAUCUAAUGAAAGUCGCAUGGUUCAAGGACUACCUGUUUCUCUAAAUGGGAAUCAAACUACCAAGGAUGAUUUUCAACCUUCUUCAAGUGUUGCUUCAAAGACAUCACAAGGUGACAUUCUAAUUGAUAUUGAUGAUCGAUUUCCCCGUGAAGUGCUUAGUGACAUGUAUAAAGCUUUACUUGAAGAAGGUUUCUCGGGUCGGCAUCCACUAACCUCGGAUGGAGUAGGUCUAAGCAUAAAUGUGAAAAAUCAUGAACCUACACCUUGGGAAUAUUUUCACAAACUGGCACAAGAAGGACUCAAUAAUGUCUCUCUCAUUGAUCAGGAUCAUGUUAGUUUUUCACCUGCAAUAGAAGAAGUGGAAGAUGAGGGUAGAACUCAACAUGUUACGCCUCUAACAACAGGUGAAAUAUAUCAGAAAGACUUACAUGGAAGGGUUGAAACAGAAACUACUAUUCUAAAGCCAAAUGAUCCCCUCGUGAAGGAUACUGAAAGUAUGCAAUUUAAUGCUAUCAUGGAAAACAUAAGAGCACAGGAAUCAGUUUUUGAGGAUGGGAAGUUUGAAACAAGAAAUCGUACACCUCCUGUUGAUCCUCCCGUAAGUGAAAUUGACCCGAAUUCUUUGCAGGUCAUAAUGAAUGAAGAUCUUGAAGAGCUGAAGGAGCUGGGUUCUGGUACCUUUGGGACUGUGUAUCAUGGAAAAUGGCGUGGAACCGAUGUUGCCAUCAAAAGAAUAAAGAAGAGCUGUUUCACCGGUCGAUCAUCAGAGCAAGAGAGACUGGUAUUUGCUUCUUUUUCUCAGACUUUAGAAUUCUGGCGGGAAGCUGAUAUUCUUUCCAAGCUUCAUCACCCAAAUGUUGUGGCAUUUUAUGGUGUAGUUCAGGAUGGACCUGGAGGAACAAUGGCCACUGUUACGGAGUACAUGGUGGAUGGUUCUCUUCGGCAUGUAUUGCUUCGCAAAGAUAGGUAUCUAGAUCGUCGCAAGAGACUGAUAAUUGCUAUGGAUGCAGCUUUUGGAAUGGAGUAUUUACACUCAAAAAAUAUUGUUCAUUUUGACUUAAAAUGUGAUAAUUUGCUUGUGAACUUGAAAGAUCCUUUACGGCCAAUAUGCAAGGUUGGUGAUUUUGGCUUGUCAAAAAUUAAGCGGAAUACCUUGGUCUCGGGUGGCGUGCGGGGGACUCUUCCUUGGAUGGCACCAGAGCUGCUGAAUGGUAGCAGCAACAAGGUGUCAGAAAAGGUUGAUGUGUUCUCCUUUGGCAUAGUAUUGUGGGAAAUUCUAACUGGUGAGGAGCCUUAUGCCAAUAUGCACUAUGGUGCAAUUACAUUUUUCUACCAAUUUUUGGAAAAUGUUGUUAGUGAAUCAGGUGGGAUUGUUAAUAACACAUUAAGGCCAACAAUUCCCAGUUACUGCGACUCAGAAUGGCGAACACUGAUGGAGCAGUGCUGGGCACCAAAUCCUGCAGUCAGACCUUCCUUUACAGAAAUUGCCCGUCGAUUGCGUGUGAUGUCUGUGGCAGCUAGCCAGGCAAAGGUGCAAGGCCAAAAGGCGUCUAAAUGA